AAAAACUCGUUUCGGUGCGAGAACCAAAAGCGCCUCGGCUACGCUGACAAAGCUUGCAUGAUCCGUGCUCAAAUUCCCUUGUUCUUCCUCCAUUGAAGUGCCCGUCUGAAAAGCAGCAGCAGCCCUGUGCGUGCACUAUAAUCCAACAGUCCUCGAGGAGAGGAAGCGUCUGUUUACUUUUUCUUUGGAUUAACCCAAACCAGGUGGACUCGCCUCCGCGCACACAGGCGAGCUCUUCAGUAGUUAGAGAACGUCUCUUAUCGUUUAUUGCGGGGCGGGCUUCUGGUUGUGGAGUUAUUUCUAUAACUUCUGUUUCAUGUGUAGCGGGAGACUUUGUGCGCUUGUUCAAGGAGAGGAAUGGGAUAGUUUUCUGACAGCGCGGAUGAGCGCGGUGUGUGAUCUCGGUCAUGAGGUCCGUUAUUCGAGUGUUUUUCAACUGACUUUUUCAUUCUUUCGGGUAAAGAGAAACAACAUUGUAACCCGGCCCGCCACGACCUGCUGAAAGGACACGAUAGCUUCUGUGUUAAAGGUUAGACGUUGGAGCGUAUAUUUCCCGUGGAUUUUAAAGCGCCCCGUCUUUUUCUAGAAUUCUUGAAGUGCGUGUUUGGCCAAGUGUAACCGCUUCCUACCCGUCUAAUGGGUUGGGAGAGCGGCCAGUGGUUUGAGUGGGAUGCAGGGACGUAAACACCGUUUAAUGUUAUGCCUUGUGCCAAUAGCCAACAAAGUUCUGAGAGAAGCGGGGAUGUUCUUCUGGCGCUUGUGGACGCUGCGCCGUAGGUAUUUCUCUGGGCCGUUAUUGCUUCUGGGGGUAGCGGUAUGUCUCUUCUACCAGACCCUGGUGGUCGCGCGGAGCAGGUUCAAGUCCAGCCAACCCGCGUCUGAUGAGCGCAACAAGUCAGAGAUGAUGGACACGAAAAAAGCCUUUGAUGAACAACUGAUGCAGGAACCGCAGCGGAUUAUUGCCGCUCUGGAGGCUUUGCAGAGAGAACGAGGGAGAUGCUUACCAAUCUCUCAUUCCUCUCCCGCUCACUUCCUGUUCUCCUCUUUUCCUCUGUCGCCCACCGCAAUCUCUCUCCUUCUCCCCCUCUCUCUCUCCCCCCUCCCAGAUGGUAGAGAGUGGACCGUGCUCCUCUGCCUCAGUGGGUCAGAGAAGAGCUGCCUGAGAAAGGUCUCCUUCUCCCGCCUGCUCCCCCACCAGAGGGUCAACAUGAUCCCCCUGCUAGCGGAGGCCUUCUCAGCGGAGGGACGCUGCCGUCUUGGGGCCGCCCCGGGGCCGUCAGGGCUGGCGUUACCCAUAAUUCCAUCUGCCUGCACAUCCCUUCUUCCCCAGGGUGAUCAUGACAUGGCACGAGAGGAUUGGAACCCAGCCACACCCACUCCCGGCUCCUCCCCCACUCCUGGCUUGGUUGCCAUGGUGAACGUCUACGUUCUGGUCACCUCGGCAAACCCACUCACGGCCUUCCUGCACACCACUGGUCUGGUCAGGACCAGAGAGGAGCGUUACAGUCAGAUUAGCCAGCUCAAGGCCUUCUUCCUGCAGCACCUGGGUUCCGAGGCAUCCCAUGAGGCUCUGGGCCAAGUGAAGCACGUCAUAGGUCAGGUGCUCAGAGCCGGUGCCGCCUCAUCGACCAACGAGGAGCCGGGCUCCCACCACAGAUGCCUCCUGUGUUUCCAGUUGAUGACGUUCACCCUGCAGUUCGGUGGCUCCCUUCUGCCUGCCGUGGUGAAGGCUGAGGUGGACCUCCACUUCGAGGGGCUGAAGGACCCCGGCUUCGACGGCCAGAUCACCAAGGAGCUCAUCCUGGAGGAUGUGCUCCACUUCCUGCUCCCGGCGGCGCCGCACGGGUCAGGUCCGAAUCCCCCCGGGGACGCCCCCCCGACAGACACGUACGGUGGCUGCACGGGGACACACCUCCGUCUCCCCGAAGAGGAGAUUCUCCUUCUGCUCCAGUUCCAGACACAGUUGAAGACGCCAGGGUCUUUCGUGCUGCUUCAUCCAUCAGCUCCUCCCGGCCACGGGCCUCCCCAGGCUGACCUCCCCCCGCCCCUGCCUGCCAGGGCAGAGCAUUCUGGGAGGACGUCUCGUCUCCCCGCGCUGCUGGACGGGAUCCGCUCCUACUACGGCCAGUGGAACCAGCUCGACAGCACAGGGACGCGUAACGAGGAGCCAGGAGUCCAUGACCUGCCCGGAGACAGAGAUGGCUGUGGGGACCCCCACCUCAGGCAGCUGUACACGGACCCCCUCCUCACCCUGAGCCCCCCGUUCAGCCCCGGGGUGAAGGUGUACCGGGCCGAGGUCCCCUUCGACAUGGUGACGCUCCGCAUCCGUCCCCAGCCCGCCGGCCGCUCCUGCCGCGUCCACCUGGACGAGCACGGAGGACCAAGGACGGCCAACUACCCCGUCGGCCUUGGCAACAGCCGAAUCAACAUCCUGGUGACGGACGAGGCCGCGACCGAGUCUGGGCCGCCCGUCGUCAUGACGAUAUACACCCUGCACAUGUACCGCGAGAGCCGGCCCAGCCUGCCCAUGUUCGGGGAGCACGUGACCUGCGGCUUUGUGCAGGACUGCGGCCUGGUGGUGCAGCCCGGUCAACCCUGUGGACUGCAGCCCUUCCCUGGGCCGACAUGGCCAGGCGAGCCCCAGGCUUCAUCUCGGCCCUGUGCUUCCGGGGACGUUCCAGGUCGCUGGGUGGUCCCCUGCCUCAGCUGUGCCGACAACCGCACCUGUGAUUGGAGAGAGGUCGCCUGGCAACCAGAAGGCUGCUACCACCCUUUGUUGGACCGCCCCCAGCUGCAGGGCUGCAUGACGGACAGGAAGGUGCUGUUCAUCGGCGACUCCACCAACCGGGGCAUGAUGUACUUCCUGAUGGAGAGGGUCAACGGCAGCCUGGAGGACUGGGGCAAGGCCCACGACACGCUGGUGUACUCCAACCUGAACCAGGGCCGCACGCACCUCAGCUACUCCUACUACCCCCAGUUCUGGCUGGAGAGGAGCCUCCGGCCCACCUUCCAGAGGGCCCUGGAGCAGCUCAUACACAGGUCGCGACCCCUGGACAACUCCCAGAGGACUGUGCUGGUAGCCGGCGGAGUCCAGUGGAUGAACACCAACCACCUGAAGAUCAUCAGGGAGGUGCUGGAGAGAGAGGGCCUCCAGGACAUCGUGGUGGUGGUGAAGUCCCUGGGCAUGGGCUUCCAUCUGCCAGUGGACGGCAUACGCUCUCUCUCGCUGACAGGCGUGCAGAAGCUCCACCACGAGAACGCUGACAUCGUCGCCACUGCGAAGCGCUGCGGGUUCGAGGUCAUCGACACCUUUGGCAUCACGGCAGGCCGCUACAAGGAGUUCCUGCAGGGGCGCUGCGCGUGUCAUUUCCAUGAGGUGGAGAAGCUCUCGUUCUCCAAGGCUCCCCAGCACCACAAGAUGAAGAUCCUCCGACUCGCCACCAACAGCGGAACUGGGACAAGUGGAACCGUAACCAGCGGAAGUGUAACCAGUGGAACCACUGGAACCGGGCUCGGCGAGCGUCCCAACCUGCAGGACCAGGACCAGUGGGCGGGGUCUAACUCCUUGUCCUAUCACGUGCGAGGGGAGGUGAACCAGGUGUACUCUGAGAUUCUGCUGAGCAGACUGUGCCCGAGAGACAGAGGGAACUAGGCACACACCCUGGCACACGUGUGUGUGUGUGCGUGCGAGCAUGAGCGUGCGCGUGCACGUGAGCCUUUGCGUACGUAUUCAUACGAGUUCAUUUUCAAAGACUACAAGUUCAUUCCGUCCAGGAAGUGUCCGUGUAACAGGAGAGCUGACUGGUCAGUCACAAGACAGAACCAUCGCCCUCUGCCACAUACACCAACUCUGAUUGGCCCACGGGGGCAGACACCCUGUCAUGUGCCGUCCACGUACAGGUGGGAAGGGUUGAACAGCUGGCUGGAGCGAGGGAUGGCAGACACACUGCCGACAGAUGAGUUGAGCAACCGGAACGGAACAGGGAGAGAUUCUUCGGUCUUAAAUGAAAACCACCUUCCUUUACCAGCACAAACCGACGUCGAGAAAAGAACUUGCAUUGCGGCUCAGCUGAGAGUGAAACAGUUGAGAGUGAGGCCAAAAAAAAAAAAGAUGCACUCCUGUCAUGUUGGAUUUUUGAUGAUGUGUGUGCUUCAGGACAGGAAGAGUCCAUUGUUUUUGAAGACUUAAUACCUCAGUCAUCCACUCUGUCUGGAUACCACAAAUGUGUUCUAUGCCAAAGAUAAUGUAGGACAGAAUUAUUCACGCUCCCUUGAAGGUCUUAUGUAUGAUACAAGUAUAUAUUUCUCUCUAUUUUUCUACAGAUGUUUAUUCGUGCCUAUUUCAUAGUAAUGUUUACAUGUUCAUGAAGAACUUGUGGAAUGUUAUAAACUGUAUUUAUAUGGCUCUCUGCAAAGAUCCCUGGAUCAAGAACACCAAGCUUGAUGAAUUGUUAUUGCUAGUCACACACACACACACACAUGCAAACAAUAAUGGAAACAAUCUUCAGAGCCCUGUUCUAGAAGAAUAUGAUAACAAGAUAUGAUAUUCAAUGUUCGUGAACUGAAUUUGUCAUUCUCAAUGAAGGCUUGAAACUGGAUUGCGUUUGGUUCAGAUUUUGAAGAUUUUGAGAUGCGUUACUUUUACGAUCGAUAAACUUUUUCUCUGUGAAUUGC